UUGAAACAUGGAGUGAGUUGUCAUUUCAAAGUACUUUUCGGCGACUUCGCCUUAAUAAAACUCGUCAUAUUAUCGUGGCUGACGAAACAUUUUAUUGAUAAAGAUUGCAUUUUAUUGACCGCUUUUAGAAUUGUCUGGGAAAAGUUGACUAUAUUAUCUCGUCAAAAGUAUCCGGUUUGUCGACGUUGAAUAAUCACAGCUGAUGCUGACACAUAAAAGUAGGAAUAGAAUACUUGACACAAAUGUAAGGUUAUGUUUACAUAAGGAUUUUCUACUAGAUUAUGAGAGGACACGUCAGACUCUACAGCCGUGCAUAAUAACAACUUUUAUGUUUGAUAAAACGGUAUAAGAAAUUUAAUCUACAAAGAUGUUCAUUCCAAAAAAAUUAAUCUACUGGCUGUGCGAAAUAGCUGCUUUCAUUGCAACAUGUUGGUUGUUUUUAGUAUGUCUGUACCCACUCAUGGUACUUAUUUUUAUGAGAAGACUAUUUAUGAAGAAGAACGAUACAGAACUAAAAGAUAAUCAAGAAAUCACUGUAGGUAUAUUUCAUCCUUACUGCAAUGCUGGCGCUGGUGGAGAAAGAGUACUUUGGUCUGUCGUCAAAGCUCUUCAAUCAAAUUACAAGAAUGUGCAUGUAUUUAUAUAUACUGGUGAUUUGGAACAUGAUAGAGAAACUAUUUUGUCAAACGUUGAAAAAGUUUUUGAUAUAAAAAUGCAGGAUAACAUCAAUAUUGUUUAUUUACACAGAAGGAAAUGGAUUGAGGCCAAGAUGUAUCCAUUCUGUACAUUACUAGGACAAAGUCUUGGUUCAGUUUGGGUUGGCUGGGAAGCUUUAACUUUAUUCAAGCCUGAUAUUUUUAUUGAUACAAUGGGUUAUGCUUUCACAUAUCCACUGUUUAAAUAUUUGGGAAACUGUAAGGUUGCUUCAUAUACUCACUAUCCAAUUAUUUCAACAGACAUGUUAAACUGUGUAUCUGAAAGAAUAACUGCUGUUAAUAAUCGUCACGUAAUAGCAAGAAAUCCACUUUUCACAGUUUUGAAACUUGGAUAUUAUAAAGGCAUUGCUUUCUUAUAUGGUUUAACUGGAAGAACUGCUGAUAUUGUUAUGGUGAAUUCAUCUUGGACCAAAGAUCAUAUCAAUUUUAUCUGGAAUUGCCCUAAAAGAACUCACUUAUUGUAUCCCCCUUGUGAUGUAGAUAAAUUGACACAAUUACCACUAUUGAAUGAGGAGCAAAAAAAUCAUGAAAUUCAUAUUAUAUCUGUCAGUCAGUUCAGACCAGAGAAGAAUCAUAAAAUGAUGAUUGAGGUAAUGUACAAAAUCAAAAGUAUUGUAGAUGCAGACACAUGGAAGAAAAUACGUCUAGUGCUAAUAGGUUCAUGUCGUAAUGAAGAUGACAAAUCAUAUGUUCAGAAAUUGAAAAGUCUAACAAAGAAGUUGCACAUAGAGGACAAUGUCGAUUUCAGAGUGAAUAUAUCUUAUUCACAUUUGAUUUAUGAAAUGCAAAAGGGUACUAUUGGCAUACAUGCUAUGUGGAAUGAACACUUUGGAAUAAGUGUUGUAGAUGCUUUGGCAGCUGGAUUAAUUAUGGUUGCCAAUGCAUCUGGAGGACCCAAGGCUGAUAUAAUUGAUGUUAAAGAUAAAACUAGAACAGGAUAUCUUGCUAAUGGAGUUACAGAAUAUGCAGAAACUAUUGUAUCAAUCAUAAAUAUGUCUACAGAGGAAAGAAAAGCAAUAAGUAAUGCAGCUAGAAAGUCUGUCAAUAGAUUUUCUACAAAAUGUUUUGAACAAGAAUUAGUAAGGAUAGUGAUGCCUUUUUUUAAGGUCAAAGAAAGUUAAUUUUUUGUUUAAUUUUAUGUAAAGAAAUUGUGUAGUUAUUAAUAAAUUUUAUA